CGCCCGAGGCCUCCUGCGCAUGCGCGUGCAGCAUUCUGAGGAAACAUCUGUGUGUCCAAACCGAAAGUAAAAACUCGAUUCUUAAGAAUGUGAAAUCUGUCGUAAAUACCACAUUACGACACAAAAAGCAGAAAACAGAAAAACCGCACUGUCCCUAAACUGAGCGUGAAUAAGAAGCUACAAACGCGGAAGCGUCGCGUCUUUUAAGGUGGACCGGACAGCGUCAAUAAGAAGCUGCGAAUAAGAAGCUGGAUUCAGCCUCGUAAGUCUGUCUGAAGUCAGUUUCUCAUUAUGGAGAACAGAGAGAAGAGAAAGAGGAAGAGAUCUUCAUCUGCAGAGCCUAGCUGUGUGUCUCUGAAGAGUGACAGAUCAAUGUUUCUGCCCCCGGUAUUCAGUGAUGGAGCAGUGACCUCUGACCCCAGUUUCAGCAGAGUGGAUAGAGAUGAUCAGACUGGAGAUUCUCCUCAACCAAUGAAUGAUGAACUGCAGAGAGUCAAAGACCGACACAAAACCAGCAUGAAGAACAAGUAUGAGAGAUUAUUUGAGGGACUGAAACUCCAAGAGAAUGAAACCCUCCUGAACAGGAUCUACACACAGCUCUACAUCAUAGAGGGAGAGAGUGAAGGAGUGAAUAAACAACAUGAGGUUUUACAGAUGGAGAAAACAGCCAGAACACAACACUCACAAGACACUCCAAUCUACUGCAAUGACAUCUUUAAAGCCUCACCUGAACCAGGAUGUGAGGAGAAACACCAGAUCAGGACUGUUCUUACUAAAGGCAUCGCUGGAAUCGGAAAAACCGUCUCUGUGCAGAAGUUCAUUCUGGACUGGGCCGAGGGAAAAGCCAAUCAGGAUGUAGAUUUCAUGUUUGUGCUUCCAUUUCGAGAGCUGAACUUGAUCCGAGAUCAUCAGUACAGUCUUCACAGACUUCUGCUGGACUUUCAUCCUGAACUUCAAGAUUUGGACUCAAAGAUUUAUGAGGACUGUAAAGUUGUGUUCAUCUUUGAUGGUCUGGAUGAAAGCAGAAUCACAUUGAUGUUUUCAGAUGCUCAGGAAGUUUCUGAUGUGACUGAGACUUCAUCAGUGGGUGUGUUGAUGUCAAACCUCAUGAAAGGAGAGCUGUUUCCCUCCUCUCUCAUCUGGAUCACCUCCAGACCAGCAGCAGCCAAUCAGAUCCCCUCCAAAUACAUCAACCGUCUGACAGAGAUUCAGGGAUUCAAUGAGCCUCAGAAGGAGGAAUAUUUCAGGAAGAGAAUCAGUGAUGAGCAUCAAGCCAGCAGAAUCAUCUCACACAUCAGGAGAGCAAGAAGCCUCCACAUCAUGUGCCACAUACCCGUCUUCUGCUGGAUCUCAUCCACUGUGCUUCAGAAGCUCCUGAAAGAAGAUCGGAGUGCAGAAAUCCCUCAAACUCUGACUGAAAUGUACAUCCACUUCCUGCUGAUUCAGAUCAACAUGAGGAAUCAGAAGUAUGAAAAGAGAGAUCCAGAGAAACUCCUGCAAUCCAACAGAAGAGUGAUUGUGAAACUUGCUGAAGUGGCUUUCAGUCAGCUGAUGAAGGGCAAUGUGAUGUUCUAUGAGGAGGACCUGAGAGAGAGCGGCAUACAUGUCACUGAUGCCUCAGUGUAUUCUGGGAUUUGCACUGAAAUCUUUAAGGAGGAAUCUGUGAUUCAUCAGAGGAAAGUCUACAGCUUCGUUCAUCUGAGCGUUCAGGAGUUUCUCGCUGCUUUCUAUGUGUUUUACUCACAUGUGAUCAAGAACAAGGAACCACUGUAUAAAUUCAGAUUUUACAGAUCUAAUAAAAAGUCUCUGCAUUGGUUACUAACAGCAGCAGAAAAUAAAGAGUCUCUGUAUGAUCUACUGACAUCAGCAAUAGAUGAAUCCCUCAAGAGUAAGAAUGGACAGCUGGAUCUGUUCCUGCGGUUCCUGCUGGGCGUCUCACUGGAGUCCAAUCAGAGACUCUUACAGGAUCUACUGACACACACAGAGAACAGCUCAGAGAACAUCAGGAGAACCACAGAGUACAUUCAAAAGAAGAUCAAAGAUAAGGAGGAUUUUCUUAAUCUCUCAGCUGAUCAAUCCAUCAAUCUAUUCCUCUGUCUGCUGGAAAUGAAAGAUCAGACUCUGUCCAGAGAGAUUCAGAAGUUUGUGAAAUCAGACAAACACUCAGAGAAGAAACUCUCUCCUGCUCACUGCUCAACAAUCGCCUACAUGCUUCAGAUAUCAGAGGAGGUGCUGGAUGAGUUGAACCCCAAGAAAUUCAACACAUCAGAUGAGGGGAAAAGAAGACUGAUACCAGCUGUGAUCAACUGCAGAAAAGCUCUUCUUUAUCACUGUAAUCUCACUGUUCGUUGCUGUGAGAGUUUGUCAUCAGCUCUUCAGUCCUCAAACUGUUCACUGAGAGAGCUGAACCUGAGUUACAAUAACAUGCAGGAUUCAGGAAUGAAGCUUGUUUCUGAUGGACUGAGUCCAAACUGUCAGCUGGAGAUACUAAGACUUGUUGGCUGUAAUCUCUCUGUUCAGUGUUGUGAGAGUUUGUCAUCUGCUCUUCAAUCCUCAAACUGUGUUCUGAGAGAGCUGGACCUGAGUAACAAUGACCUGCAGGAUUCAGGAAUGAAGCUUCUUUCUGAUGCACUGAUGAGUCCAAACUGUCAGCUGGAGAUACUAAGGUAUUUAAGAACAUAUAAGAGAUCAUUUACAGUGAGACGUCAUAAUGUCCAUGUGUUUGUAGAUGACCUGACCGUUGAUGCGUGUGUUCUGCUCUCUUUCAGACUUGUUGGCUGUAAUCUCUCUGUUCAGUGUUGUGAGAGUUUGUCAUCAGCUCUUCAAUCCUCAAACUGUGUUCUGAGAGAGAUGGACCUGAGUAACAAUGACCUGCAGGAUUCAGGAGUGAAGCUUCUUUCUGAUGCACUGAAGAGUCCAAACUGUCAGCUGCAGAUACUGAGACUUGCUCUCUGUAAUCUCACUGUUUAUUGUUGUGAGAGUUUGUCAUCAGCUCUUCAGUCCUCAAACUGUGUCCUGAGAGAGCUGGACCUGAGUAACAUUGACCUGCAGGAUUCAGGAGUGAAGCUUCUUUCUGAUGCACUGCAAAGUCCAAACUGUCAGCUACAGAUACUGAGGUUGUCUGGCUGUAUGGUGACAGAGGAAGGCUGUGGUUUUGUGUCUUCAGCUCUGAGUUCAAACCCCUCACACCUGAGAGAGCUGGAUCUGAGCUUCAAUCACCCAGGAGAUUCAGGAGUCAAGCUGCUUUUGGACAAACUGAAGGAUCUGAACUGCUCACUGCAGAUACUCAAUGUGGAUCAUCGAGGAGAGAUCAGGACCACAGCAGGACUCCGAAAGUAUGCCUGUGAUCUCACACUGGAUCCAAACACAGCAAACACUCGUCUCAUUCUGUCUGAGGAGAACAGGAAGGUGGAGUGUGUGAAAGAGAAGCAGCCGUAUCCUGAUCAUCCAGAGAGAUUUGAUGGAUUUAUUCCUCAGGUUCUGUGUGGAGAAAGUCUGACUGGACGCUGUUACUGGGAGGCUGAAUGGAGCGGAAAUGCUGAAAUAUCAGUGACAUAUAAAGGAAUCAGGAGGAAAGGAUGGAGUCGUGACUGUGAGUUUGGAUCCAAUGACAAAUCCUGGAGUCUGUUUUUUUCUGAAAACAGAUUCAGUGUCUGUCACAAUAAGAACAGCACUGAUAUACCUGUCGUCCGUUCAUCCUCUAAUAGAGCAGGAGUGUAUGUAGACGUGUCGGCCGGCACUCUGACCUUCUACAGUGUCUCUGACACACACACACUCACACACUUACACACACUCAACACAACAUUCACUGAACCCCUCUAUGCUGGAUUUAGGGUUUAUGAUCAUUCUUCAGUGUCUCUGUGUCAGAUUAAAUAACACACACACACACUUGUAAAUCCUCUUUCAUGUGUAGUUGUUUAUCUUCAUCUGAUUGUUUUGAUAGUAAUUCAUUUUUUAGAUUCAGAGCUAACCGUUCAACUGCUGGUGGGGCUUAAUAAUUACCCGUCUGAUGCUGCGAAAUCAAUCAAUCAAUCGUUCAAGCUUUUGCAAAUACUGUCUCAUGCCCUUUACUUUUUAGGGUGUUAAUUUCAUAUUGUUUUCUGGCUGCUGUUUGGUCCCCGCUGAAAAUCAGCUGCUUUCAAACAGCCUCGAGCUUAUUUGUGUUCACUCUCUGUAGUCUGAAGACUGUCAAAGGUUUCUAAUUACUACGUGAUUUGCAGCGUUGAUCACAGCAGGGUUUGAGCGCUGAAUCUGAAGUGAUUGACAGCUUCAGUCAUUAUAAAGGGAGCACUCUUUACCUGCUUUCUGUAUAGGCAAUUUAAAUAAAAGUUUUAUUUUUCAUGUUGCCAAGAGGACCAACAGCCACAUAUACACUGCAGAGUUUCAGGAGAGAAAACAAAAUUCAGAGUGAAUCCACUAAAAUAUAUAUUAUAUGACAUUAAGGCUCAUAUUGGGCUAUAUGUUCUUUUGAUUUAUGGAUGUCUCUAAGUGUCUGUGGCCGUGGUGUGAUAUACACACAUUUGGUCAAAAUAGCCUGUAUGGGCAGAUCGUUCACUUGAUGUAGGCGAAUGUUUUGUAUUGUUACAUGAUGGAUGUUCUCAUCUUUUUUUCCUGUUAAUUAUUAUCAUGUUGGGCCACGUGUCUUUCCUUGAAGUCAGAAUGUCUAAUGUUGGUUUGAUUGCUUGUAUCACAUGAGAAAAUAAAGUUUCUGUCUACCUGA